AGAUACUACAUCCAGAGGUCAGGGCCAGGGGAGGAGGUCACAAGAAUCGAGGUCACGCCUGUUUCAUCUUCAUCAUUUAAUGUUACAAAACUUCAUCCAUCAACAACUUACACAUUCCAAGUGUUUGCAGAAAAUAAGCUGGGUUCGAGCCCACCCUCUCAGCCACUGACGGUCACCACAAACUAUUUACAAAUCGCCAAUCAACUGAAAGUUCCCGUAUUUGAUGCUCGCCAGCGGAAACUGGUUGUGCUGCCACCUAGUCCCAGCAAUGACUAUUGUCUGCGGGUGGAAGUGCGGACUAACAGAGGUGGCUGGAAUCCGGUCAAUGGUUGUAUCAAG